AUGUCCUUCAAACAGAUAGUGUACCAGAUCCAUACGAGAUUACAGUCGAUCUACCCAGUUGAGAAGAGAAGCAAGGCUCUUGCCUUCGCCUUUGUUGCUAUUGGUGUUGCAAUGGACAACCUAAACGUGGCUGGCUCUAUGGCCACGAUGUAUUCCACUCUAGAGCACUUCCAUUCAACGACGACAACGGUCUCAUGGGUUCUUUCUGCUUAUGCCCUUACUCUUGGUGCAUUCAUCAUGCUUGGGGGCAAAUUAACAGAUAUCCUGGGACCAGACGUCGUGUUUAUAUCCUCACUGUUCAUAACUGGUCUCUUCGCCCUUAUAUGUGCUGGAAUUGAGAACCAGAUCAUUGUGCUGAUUGUUUUUAGAGCACUUCAGGGAAUCACAGCGUCGUUUACAAUUCCAAGUGGAUUUGCCAUUGCAGGUAACUAUUUUGAGGCCAAAUCACUGGGGAAUGCCCUUGUCGUCCUGAUGGCUGCUUACACUUCAGUUCUUGGUUUUGGUUUCGUAAUUGGUGGUGCCUUCAGCGUUUCAAGUAUUGGAUAUAAGGGGAUUUACUACUUGACGUUUGCACUCUCUGUCUUGAUCUCAAUGAUUUUAUACAUCAUUCAUGUCCCUAUUGCCAAACCUCAGGCUCACAAGGAUACAAAGUUAAAGUACCUGGACUUUGGAGGCAGUGCACUUUUCGUCAUUGGAAUAUUGUUAAUCACGCUUGGGUUGACUGAAGGUGGUGAUUCAUGGAAAAAGCCAAGUGCUUACAUUCCUUUACCAGUUGGAGUUCUGGUGCUGGUUGGUGCAUUUGUAUUUGAGCUCGUCAUAAUUCAAAAUCGCAAGGACAGAGUGGAUUCAAGAGCUGAUGCAAAGGGUCAAGAUUCAUAUCUCUAUAAAGUUCACAUGUUGAUUCCCCGUGAGAUGAUGUUUCUUCCAAAUUUCUUCCCCUUUGUGAUAUGUACACUUCUGGCCUUCAUCUAUUUCAUCAUGAUGGUCUCUGGUCUUACACAGUACCAUCAAUACGUCGAGGGGGACUCUCCAUUGAUCACAGGUGUUAAGAUACUCCCGCUGUCCAUUGGGCUUUGUCUCCUUGCCAUACUGAACUUGGAGACGUUAUUCUAUCGAAUUGGAAUGAAAGCUGUCUUGAUUUUCUCACAAGUGGUUGCCGUCUUUAUGCUGUUGUGGAUGUCUCGACAAAGAUAUGACUCUCUUCAUGGAUAUUGGGUCUAUGAACUCGUCCCACUGUUUCUAUUCGGGGCAGCUAUAAACAUAUACUACUCCAUCUAUAUCAAUGCAAUGCUGAGACGUACACCAGUUCACUUGCAAGGUGUCACCAGUGGGUUUUUACAAACCAUUGGACAAGUUGGUAUAUGUAUUGGAAAUGCAUUGACUGCCACAGUACUGGGAGAGAUCGAGAUUGCCACAACGUCAGAUGAAAGGGAACGGAUGCAAUCAAAGAUUGAUAAUAUCUUUUACAUCACGUUGGCGUGUUCUGCAGCAGCAACCAUAACUCUUUUCUUCAUCAGUGAUCAAAAGAGUGCGGAUGGUGCGCCAUCGGAUGAAUCUGUGGAAGAAGUCCAAGCUAGUUGUGAUUCGAAAGAAUUGCAGGUAUGA